CGAUACGUUAAGUGGCAGUGUUCAUCCAUAUAUUCGUUUCGGUACGCUCUUCAUUUGUCGCCGAAAAAAUUGUUGCUGAUGAUACAAGUGAAGACGGAUCAAUCACCUCACCAUUGGUGCAAAGUGUUAGUGCAGGAUGUCCAAAACCUCUCCGGAGCUGCUAAGAGAAGCAGCUAAUUUGAUUGAAGAAGCUCUGUGGAGAACUCCACCGGCAGCACACCACGUACACCUGUUCAAGCCGAAGUAGCAAGGCUCUUUGCUCUAUACUACAACUACAACUACUACAACAACAACAACAACAACAACAACAACAACAACAGCGCCAGGAGACGGCCAGCACGGAGCCAAGUCAUCCGAAGAAGCUACACACACACUUUCUGUUGUUUGGCUGACAACAAGGCUGAUAAAGUUCCAAGCAUUCAGCUUAAAGCAGACCUUCUUGCUUCAGGACUUGGAGAACAAAGGGUGAUCUUUUCAGGAAAUGACAACGAUCCCAUGGUUGUAACAAACAAACUGAUGGAGGUGUUUCCAAAGCUGCAAGAAGGGGGAGGCUUUGAGUUUCUAAAAAUUGUAGGAUCUACUCGCAGUCGAAAUCUUGGACACCCUUGCCUAUCUAAAAGAUCCAUCUACAACAAUUGGACAGGCUACAAUUUACAUACGCCCACUUCAACAGGACCUACCCAUUGAUUCAGAAAGCUCGGGACAUGCCUCUGGUCCAGCCAUCUCAUGUAUCACUUGUCAGAAGGAGGUUCCCUUCUCUGAAAUGAAACUGCACCGAGCUAACUGUGAUGGGUAUGCACUUGUUAAAGCUAUGACCCCCAUGCAGGAAACACACAGAGAAGGAGAGGGAGACCGUGGUGAGGAGAAUGAUAGAGAGCCACCCACUGACAGGGACAGCGUUCCAGUGAGGCCUGAAACAUCUGUAGAGAGUGAAGUAGAACCAGUAGUGAUUGAAAACUGGAAGAUUAUUAAAGAACCAACUCUGGCUGCCCAAGUUUUCAAAGAUAAUCUACUAAGUGAACAUGCAACCGGGAAGCCUCUUAAACUGAAAAUGGAUGUAAGGGAGAGUGAGGAGGACAGGGAACGGGCACUUCUCUCAUUCUAUAAACAGCAACAGGAAUGGGCAUGUCCACUUCAUUGUACCCUUGAUGGUUAGUAGAAUAGAGUUCAUAAUAUAAAUAUAUCCUGUUACAUUAAUAUCAAUUAUAUGUCUUAUAUGGAAUGGUAUUAGUGGUUUACUGGUCCCAUCAGGUCAUUUGGCUGAUAUUAAUCAUUAUAUGAUAAUCUGCAUUGGCUGUUCAUGCUGUCUGCAUAACAGUUCAUGUGUUUGUCCUUCCUUCCUAAAACUUGUCAAGCACCUAUAGCCUUGUUACAGCUUGUUUCCAGUGUGUUAUUAACAGUAUAGAGUAUUCUUUUUUUUUUUUAAAUCGGUGAUGCUGCUGUUGGACAGGGAGUGAUGCGGUACUUUCUGACAACAAUAAUAUCCAAACUCCAGUUUGGAUUCAGAAUGAAUCUUGGAGGAGUGGGCCAAAGUCUGCUAUUUGAAGGUGAGCCUGACCAUCUCGUUCCAGCUGCAUCAGAGGUGCUUAUUGAGAGCAACCUCUUCCGGGUUGCAGGAAGGAUGAUAGCCCACUCCUUUUUGCAUGAUGGCCCCCAUGUCACCGGAUUAAGUCCUGCUGUUAUUCACGUACUGUUCAAUGGGGACCCUGAAAUGGCAACAAUUGUUGUCGAGGACUGUCCUGAUCUGCACAUCAGGAGUAUUGUAACAAUGCUUGAACUUGAAGAACUUACUCAGGAACAGAAGGACACAGUGUCAGAUCUUUCCCUGUCUUGGGAUCUCCCAGCAGUCACUAAAACGAAUCAGAGGUGGCUACAUAACAAACUUCUAGUACACGCGGUCAUCGGGAGGACCAUGCGCCAAAUUAAACAGUUGAGAAAGGGAUUGAAAGAUGUGAUUCUAUGGCCCCUGCUGACAUCAAGGCCAGAUGUUGUCCCACUUCUUUUUCCGAAAAUGGCAGGAAUGCAGUUUGUACCCCAGAUGUUCCUAGACAAAAUCACAUGGCCUGUGGAGGACAGUGAUGAAGAACUUGACAUUGAGUGCAAGUGCCGCAUCACUGGUUUUCUACGGGUGUUCCUUGAAACAGCUUCAUCAGAUACACUGGCUCAGUUGCUGAAGUUCUGGGUCGGCUGGGAAAUGCUCCCUCCAGAACUCAAAGUGGAGUUUUCCGGGGGAACCUUCCCAUCAUCCUCCACAUGCUUUGAAACACUGAAGCUGCCAGCUCAUUACAACACCUACAAAGACUUUGAGGAAGCACUUGUUGCUGCAAUAGUGCACACACUGGAUUUGGUCUUGUUUAAGUAUUUUCAGGCAAUGAUGUUGCUGUGCUUUUAUUCAGUAGAAAAGGUCAAUUUGAGUGAAGUGAGUUCAGUGUUUUUCUAACAUUUAAAAUACA